GCGUCGCACAGCUCCUGUCGCGGUCGCGGCUUCCGGUGCUAGGUGGAGGGAAGGAAGGAGGGAGCUGGGGAGCGGGCCAGGAGAGCAGCGGCGCUGAAGUCGGCUUGGGGAGCCGGAGGAAAGAGAGCGAGAGCCGAGCGGAACCUGCGGGGGCGGAGGCGGUGGUAGCAGCGGCAGAGCUGGGAGCUGGAACAGGAUCAAGUCUUCCAUACCAGGGACCAGACUGCCACUGCCCUGACUUGGGCCCCACUGUCUUCAGAAAGCAGCUGCUGUGAUCAUGGGCAAUAUCUUUGGAAACCUUCUGAAGAGCCUGAUUGGGAAGAAGGAGAUGCGCAUCCUGAUGGUGGGCCUGGAUGCUGCAGGGAAGACUACUAUACUGUACAAGCUAAAACUGGGGGAGAUUGUCACCACCAUUCCUACCAUUGGGUUCAAUGUGGAAACAGUAGAGUAUAAGAACAUCAGCUUCACAGUGUGGGAUGUAGGUGGCCAGGACAAGAUUCGGCCUCUCUGGAGACACUACUUCCAGAACACUCAAGGCUUGAUAUUCGUGGUUGACAGUAAUGAUCGGGAGCGAGUGAAUGAGGCCCGGGAAGAGUUGAUGAGGAUGCUGGCAGAGGAUGAACUCCGAGAUGCUGUGCUCCUUGUCUUUGCGAAUAAACAGGAUCUACCGAAUGCUAUGAAUGCUGCUGAGAUCACAGACAAGCUGGGCCUACAUUCCCUGCGCCAUCGCAACUGGUACAUUCAGGCUACCUGUGCUACCAGCGGGGACGGGCUGUAUGAAGGCCUGGACUGGCUGGCCAAUCAGCUCAAAAACAAGAAGUGAGAGCCAGGCAGCCCUAUCCGACUACCCUACCCGUCCCUUACAUACCUAUUGUUUCCCUAUCCCAGCCCUACCCCUUCCCCUCCAUUGCAAGUGUGGCUAGGGCCCUGGGUAUCAUGUCCGCAUGCCCAGCAAGAGCCUUGCCUCCCCGACUCUCCUCCUCUCCCUGUCCACUGACAUGACCGGUCCCCAAUUACUGUCCUGAUGAUGAAUCAUUCCAAUUUACUGGAUUUAAAACAAAAA